AUGGGCCGAGUGUAUACCUUAGACCGCCAGCAGUCAGAUAGAGCUUUGAACCUUGUGAGAGGUGCUCUUUCUAUUGGUGGUUGUGAUGUAAAUGUGUUGUUUGAUUCUGGGGCUACACAUUCCUUCCUUGCAGACCCAAUUGCUGUGGGGCUUAAGUUGCCCAUUUCUGUGCUUUCUCCACCUUUACGUGUUACUAUUGCCACUAGGGCGAAAUGUGACGCUUCAUCUAUUUAUCGGGAUGUGGUAUUUCUAUUAGACGAUCGAGAUUAUUUGGCAGAUCUCAUUUGUCUACCCAUGGUCAACCUUGAGAUCAUUUUGGGUAUGGAUUGGCUGUUCAGAAAUUGUGUGAUGAUUGAUUACUGUGCAAAGAAAGUGGUGAUGUCUCCUUGUGAUUCCCCUACCAGUUCUUCUCUUUAUUUAUCAGUGCUUCAAGAUAGAAAGGCCUUAAGAGCAUAA